CUAACUACACAUAUAAAUUGGAUACUGUUGACAAAUUUGGCCUCGAACUUACAUUAGUGAAAGGGGACGUUAAUCGUAAUAUCAACACGAGGAAGAUAUCAAAUACAAAGACAUAUAGUUUAAAAUACAGCAGUAAGAGAGCAACUCAAAUUUAUCAUUCGCUUCAUCGACUUAACUUUCAAGAUGGAGACGAGAUGCUUGACAAUGACCGGGACAAUCGGAAACCAUCUUGACAUAACAUUUAUCGGUCGUGACGUCACGAUAAAGUUCUUGAGGAAUAAUAAAGUUUAAGACAUUCGUUGUCCCAGGAUUGUUUUUCGGUAUUAUAUGCAAGAAAAUAAUAUAUGGCCCUCAUCCACACAACUACAGUGGGAGUUAAUGAAACUAAUGCAGUGCACUGUAGGCAUACGUCUCAAGGUUCUUUGCAGCGUCCCUUCUGCCCCUAGCUGCAAACCCUAUUAGCACUGAAUGACUUCUUAGGUCCCAGCACUUGGCAUAAGUUUUAUAUUCCAGUUCCUAUGGACAAGUUUGAGAACUUGGAAACCUUAACUUGGCUUAAGCUAACCUCACUCUGGACAAAUAUGUAGAGUGAGAAGCAGAUAUUACUGUGUCAACCUGGGUGUAAAACAGCAGGCAUACUACUAACAAUCUGAAUCUUCAAUGAGCAAGUUUGAUGUAGUACCUUUUGAGAUAUGUACAUAUGCAGAAGGGUACAUUUAUCAGGAGCAUCAACAAGUAGCAGCUCAUGGGCUCUUAUAUUUUUCCCUGUUAUUGAAUGUUGUUACAUAAAAUAUGAAACAUUUAUGGUGAGACUGGUGGAAUUUUAAUUUAAAAAAUGUAUCUGUAAAAAUGAUUUGUAAAAGCUAUUUGGUUGGUUUUCAUUUCAUGGUAAUUGUGUCAAUAGCCUAUAUGUACUACAUUAGUUUUACCUCUUGAUAUAAAUUACUUGUAUUCAAAUUAGGACUGUAUACCCUUACAAUUACCAUUUAUCUGAAGAACAUUGUUUCCCAACUAUUCUAAUUCCAAAUUUUGUAUACAUCAAAUUGAUAUAUCUUACAUUAUGAAUGUUUCUGACAUGGGGCACUACGUGUGUUCUCUGUGUAACAUUUCUUUUGGGGAAUUAUCUGUCCUUCACCUCCACAUGGGAGUUCACGUAGAAUUUGUUGGUCCAAAAGAUAGUCUUCAAAGUGAAACACCAGAAACCAAUAUUUUGUCUGAAGAUAAGGAAUCUGAGGAGAAAGAAGAGUAUCAGUGCAAAGUAUGCCACAAGUUUUUCAGUGAUCGUAUCUUCUUCUCAUUUCAUAAUCUUGCGCAUUAUGAAGGAAAAAGCUUCCAGUGUAAGAUAUGUGGAUCGGUUUUCUCGUCAAAAAGUGGUGUGUAUAAUCAUGUUUGUAGUCAUAUUAGUGAAAAGCUUUGUAGGUGCACUAGAGGUCAUCUUUCCCUGCAAGGAAAAGAUGAUCAGCCAAGAAUAUUUGAAAGUGCAGAUGACUUACUAAAAUGUGGUGUAUGUGAUGGAGGGUUUAGUACAAAGAAAAGACUAGAAAAUCAUAUUAAAAAACACAAGGAACAUAGUUGCCCCAUUUGUAAAACAUCUUACAAUGGGCCACUUGAUUAUGAGAAGCACAUGAGACGCCAUUUUCAAGUCUCAGUGCAUGUUUUUCGAUGCGAGAUAUGUUUUGAGACUUUUUGCGAUAGGAAAGAGAGAGAUCAUCACAUGAGAAUCCACCAACCCUCAUACAGUGAGGAAAUGAACCCGACUGGUCAAACCUGUGUUCCAAAGACUACUGCAUUGAAAGAUGGGAAAUCUACGGAUAAUCAUGAAGCAAUUUCAGAAGAAAAAAUCUCCAAAAAAUUGAAGUCAGAGCAUACACAAGAAAGUGAAAAAAAUUUUGGGCUAGACCAUACAAUUAAUGAUGCUCUUAAAGCUGUUGGUUCAUGUAAAAAAAGGAGUGAUCUGCGCAGUAUACUUAAGGUUAUUGGUGUUUCACAUGGGGCAAUGAGUGGGUCAUCAGAAAAAGCAUAUAAACAGUCAGAUGGUGGAAGCUUGGUGAAUAUCAGUGAAAUCAACAUACAGAAUUUCACAGCUCUGAAGUCCAAGAGAGGCUAUUCUACAACAGUUGGAAAGAGUACAAGUAAUAAUUUCAUUGUAAAGUGUGGUGCUGGUAAAGAAUAUACAAAAUAUGAAUGUAAACUUUGUUUCAAAGUGUGGAGAGACAAACCUGCAUUUUGGCACCAUUUGGUAGAGCACUCUGAGGAUGUUCCUUAUACAUGUAAGAUUUGUGUGGAGAUCUUUGAUGGACCAGAUUCAUGGGAGCGUCACAUAAAACGAAAAUGUGGCUGUGCCCUUUGUGGAAAGCUGAUCAAAAGAGUAAAUUAUGGUCACCACAGCAAAGUCUGCCAUGUCAGUAACCCUUUCAAGUGUCUUGUUUGUAUCAAAAGAUUUUCGUCAUCAGACGUUUUUAGAGAGCACAUGAAAACUCAUUCCAAAGAGAGGUCAUGUAGAUGCAAAGUAUGUGGAGAAGUACUUCUUUUGAAAUAUGAAGUAGAGAAACAUAACAAAAUGCAUGGCACAGAAAGUGUAGAUUCAGUUUCCACAAGUGAAGAUGAGGAAGAUCCUUUCUUUGCAGUAUCAAGUGCAAAAACCUCUUCUUCACAUCAAGUAAAGUCAGAGCAGUCGUUACAAAACGAAUAUAUUCCUUACAAAGAGACAGACAUGAAAAUGCCAAUUUCAUCCAUAAAAACAGAGUGUGAUGUUGAGUCCAGUGCUCUGCACACACUUGAUACCAUAAUAGUCAAGGAAGAACCAUUAUUCGAAGAGAAAAGGUUUUUUGACGACACUGGACUAACAAGAAAUAUGGAACAAAAUAAUCUUGUGAUAGUGACUGGUGAAGGAGACAAUUCUAAUUUGGAUGAAAGUGUAGCAGAUCCAUUAGCAUAAAACCUAUUUGGAAAGUUUUAAUAGCUGUACUAUUUUAUACAUGUUGUGCAAUUAAACAUUUUAAUCAAACCCAUUAAUUGAUUCCUUUGACUCACCUAUGCUUGGCCCGAAGAAUUUGUUUUCAACUGUUCAUACUUACACAUACACUAUUUUCUGCUUAUACAUAAUAAAUACAGCACAAUUAUGUGAAUGUGUGCAUGCCUGUAUAUGUAUAUUUAUACAUAUACAGCCAGUCCCCGGGUUACGACGGGGGUUCCGUUCUUGAGACGCAUCGUAAGCCGAAAAUCGUCGUAAGCCGGAACAUUGUCAAAAAUCCUAAGAAAACCUUACUUUUAAUGCUUUGGGUGCAUUCAAAACUAUGUAAACUGCAUUCUUAUUGCAUUUUUCAUCAAAAAAAAGUUUAAAUAUUGAUUAUUUUGCAUUUUUGGUGUCAUAUUUCAUUUGCCAGAUCAGCGUUUGUAGGCGUCGUAACUGGAACAUGCGUCGUAACCCUGGAAAUAAUGUCUGAUGAAUAUAAUUGAAAAGUGUCGUAACCUCGGAAUGUAAGCCGAGACCUUAUUAACCCGGGGACUACCUGUACUUCUGCUGCUACGUAUUAAUAGUAUAUGAAAGAAUGCUGCCAUAUGGAACAAGCGAUAAGGCCAUUAUCAUAUCAGUGCAUCAUAACAGGAAAAAAAAGUUGAAGUACUUCCAAAGAUGGAGGGUUUUAACUUUGUUGACCAAAGGUGAAACUCAGUUACUUCUUUUUGUACGAUUUCCAUUUCAUGAUUAAAAAUUUUCUCACUAAACCUGUAAACUUACUUUGCUUCAUGGUAAUACUGCCAUGUUAUAACAGGGAAUGGUGUCACCACGUGUGGAAAAUUUGUCC